UAAUAAAUAAAAAAAAUAGAAUCCACUUGAAAUUUGUUUAUAUUUGUAUUUUUUUCAGUCUAAAACAUUUUUCAUGUAUAUAAUACUAAUACUCUCCCAUCAGUAGUCUUUUCCAUUUCAUAAAUACAUUAAAAUAAAUAUGACAGGUCACGUUUCAAUUAGAUUAGCCUCGGAAAGAGUUAACCAUUGCAUUCCUACGGCAAAUGAACUGCCUAGGUUUUAUACUCCUGGUGAGGUUAUAACUGGCAUGCAGGAUUUUAUGCGCGGUCAUGGCACAUAUGCUGAAGAUGAAUGCCUCAAGGCGUCUGUGGCUGGAGUAAUGGAUAAAGUGAAUAAAUUGAUUUGUAUUCGUCCAUUGAAGAGUCGAUAUGUUGGUGAAAUAGGUGAUGUAGUUGUUGCCCGCGUGCUAGAAGUGCAGCAAAAACGGUGGAAGGUUGAAACUAAUUCACGGCUUCAUUCAAUUCUGCAGUUAUCUUCUGUUAAUCUUCCAGGAGGAGAAUUGCGCCGUAGAUCAGCAGAGGAUGAGCAAAUGAUGAGGAAACAUCUGCAAGAAGGUGAUCUUAUUAGUGCAGAAGUGCAGAGCAUAUUUUCCGAUGGCUCCUUGUCUUUGCACACAAGAAGUCUUAAAUAUGGCAAGCUAUCUCAAGGCACAUUAGUAAAAGUAUACCCAUCAUUAAUUAAAAGAAGAAAAAAUCAUUUCCACAAUCUACCUUGUGGAAUAGCAGUUAUCAUGGGUAACAAUGGAUACAUUUGGAUAAGUCCACAAAUACAGGAGAAUAUGGCUGAAGAAAACGAGCAGAUUGUUAGCAGAACUGACAGAGAAGCUAUGGCUAGAGUAAAAAAUUGCAUUGCUGCAUUAGUAGCUUCCAAAAUGAUGCUGGAUGAUACUAGUAUAAUGUUUGCAUAUGAAGAAAGCUUGAAAUAUGACUCUGUAAAAGAUCUCUUAGACCCUGAAGCUAUGCUGGAAAUUGCAUUUUUAACACAACACAGAAUAAUAAAUAUUAUGGAAUAAGAGGUUGAUUUGUUAAUUUGAAAAGAAGUUGAAACCUAGUGCAUUGAAAAUAUAAG